AUGCCCGCAAUGGACCAUGCUGGAAUAUAUGUGCAUCGACAGAUCACGGACGAGAAGCAGUGGUCACGCGCGAUGCAAGCCAUCCAGAAGGAGUUUUGUGAGGACGAUGUAUUCGUGGAGAAGAAAUGGACGCUGAAAGAGCAGGCACCGCCUGACGAUCCAAUGUAUUGGAUCAAGAUGACCAGGGCGAUAUCGGAGGAUGAUGUUGUGGAACUGCGGUACGCCGAGCUGCUCAACUUCGGAUCUGGCAUGAACUUCUAUCACUGGGAACCACUGGCACAGCUUGUGGAGAUGGGUUUUGAGAACCUGGAAACCCUGGAAGCAGUUGCCACUGAGGGAAAAGAGCUUCUCACAGAAGCGCUGAAAUCUCCGAUGCAAGAUCCGUUCGAGAUCAACGCGGCGAAGGAGUCUUUGGCGAAGGUCAGGAGCAUGGCUCAGAACCUAAAAACUCUUCCUCCCGAGGAGCAGACCAUGAUCUUCAAACUGUCGAAAGAGCGCAAGCUCUCUAACGUUCGCCCGCCCACGCUCUUCGAGUUCUCCAUAGGAGACAGGCCGAGCCUGCCGCUCUUCGGCCGUCACUUCAGGAUCAUGGAAUCUAAGCUUGGUGGGCAUUGCGACAUCGCCGAUGGCUACAUCCGCUUGGUCUACCGGGUCCUCAAAGAGUUCUUCCCCAACCAUGUCUUCAAUGAGCCGCCCUUGAUGAUGCAAGUGAAGCUUGGUGAGCCAGGGACUGAGACACAGGAGUUCUACAACAAGCUCCGUGGCAAGGUGAAGGACAUCAGUGAAGGCCAGCCUGUAUCAGGCUUCUCCCGAAGCUUCCAUGCAGAGCAGCUUUAG